GAGGGGUAGUUUCGUCAAAUAAUAUUCGGAUCAUAAACCUCCCCUUUGAAGGUCCGACAAGGGUUUUGCGUCUCCCUCUCUUGAAGAAACGCCGGUCGCAGAUUUGAAAGGGUUUUUGCAGAAAUGCAAUCGUUUUGUGGGAGAAUUAGAUUGCUCACAAAGACCGCCAUUAAAUCCCCCCCUUCUUUUGAUUUGCCGUCGUCUAGGGUUUGCUCCUCUGAACCCAAUGAUUUCCUUCACUUUUCACGGUUAUUUCCUUCGUUUUUUGAGACCAAAAAUUAUGGCUCCUUGAGAGAAUUACCAGCUUCACGGAUUGGCACCGGCGUACCUUCAGUAGCAUCAGCCUACAGAGAGUCCAGGCCAGGAUUCUUCUCGAGGACUCAGCUGGUUCCCCAUUUGACCACUAGGGGCAUUACAACAUCGGAUGAUUCACAAAAAUCUAAUCCCCAAGAUGCUUCUGCUUCUGUCACUGGUGUUGCUCCCCGCAUCAAAUUUAAGAGGCUUGAUAAAACAGCCAGACACAUAAUGCAGAUACUUGACAAAGAAGCAGUAGAGGAAGUGCGCACGCACAGAGAGAUACCUGAUGUAAGGCCAGGGUAUAUAAUCCAGCUCAGAUUGGAAGUGCCUGAGAACAAGAGACGUGUAUCAACAGUGAAAGGAAUUGUCAUAGCAAGACGCAAUGCGGGUCUAAAUUCAACCAUCAGAUUAAGAAGGCUGGUUGCAGGAGUUGGGGUUGAAUCUCUCCUACCUCUGUACUCGCCUAAUAUCAAAGAGAUAAAGGUUUUGGACAAGAAGAAAGUGAGGAGGGCGAAGCUUUACUAUCUGAGGGACAAGAUGAAUGCACUCAGGAAAUAGUAAAACCAUGAGCUUGGUGGCAUCGGAAAAAAGAGAGGUAUGUUCGAAUGGCUGGGUUGGGUUGGGUUGGGGUUUGGUGGUGAGGGAAGAGUAGAACCUGCAUCAACUAUUACUUUUGCUUACAGAACUUAAAAUCUGAAAUUUUCUCUCUUUCAUUUUGUUUGUUUUAGAAUCUUGUAAUUGAGACAUGGUCUUAAUUAAUAACGGCAACCCGAAUUAUAUGUUGUAGG